CCCGCCCCUGGGGUUAUGGGGGUUUCGCGGCUCCUCCCCGGUACCUCCAGCAGCCAAAGCGGGAGCGCGAUCCGCCCCCUUCGUUUGCUCUUCAAGCUGAAAAUGGCAGCCGCGGCGGGGGUGCUCCGAAGGUUACUGAAACCCUCCGGUAAUUGGACCGGUGCCACCUUAUGGAGAGCAAGCGCGAUGGCCGGAAGGUGUUUAGCAGCAGCAGCGGCGGCGAGUGGGCGGAAGUGCACGGCCGACGCGAAGCCCUGGCUGCCUCGGCUCCAUUUCAGUACUAGUACCGCGAGGUUUGUUCCUGCUGUCACCCAGCGUGCUCCAUUUUUUAAGGGGACAGCUGUGGUGGAUGGAGAUUUCAGGGAGCUCAGUUUAGAUGACUUUAAAGGAAAAUACCUGGUUCUUUUCUUCUACCCCUUGGAUUUCACUUUUGUAUGUCCAACAGAAAUUAUAGCUUUUAGUGAUAAAGCAAAUGAAUUCCACGAUGUGAAUUGUGAAGUUGUUGCUGUAUCAGUGGACUCUCACUUCUGUCAUCUGGCCUGGAUAAAUACACCAAGAAAGACUGGUGGUUUAGGCCACAUGAAUAUCCCACUUCUAUCAGAUUUAACAAAACAGAUUUCCCGAGACUAUGGGGUUCUGCUAGAAAGCUCUGGGCUGGCAUUAAGGGGCCUUUUUAUCAUGGAUCCUAAUGGUAUCAUCAAGCAUUUAAGUGUCAAUGAUCUCCCAGUGGGUCGCAGUGUAGAAGAAACACUUCGGUUGGUGAAAGCAUUCCAGUAUGUGGAAACACAUGGAGAAGUCUGCCCUGCAAACUGGAUUCCAGACUCCCCCACGAUUAAGCCCAACCCAGAAGAUUCAAAAGAAUAUUUUUUAAAAGUAAAUAAAUAGAAUGAUGACCACUACGGGAUUAAUGAUUGAAUCUAUGUCUUGAAGCCAGAAUCAAGCACCCUGAGAGACUAGACAUGAUUACAAUAAAAGCUGCAGAAUAUUUUCUACCUGCCAUGAUGAAUGUCUAAAUGUUCACAGGACUUUGGCCUUCUUCCAUAAUCCCAAAUUAGUUUAAAUAGCACAUAUAUCCUACACAAAAUACUAGAAAAUAAUUCUCAUUUGAAUAACAAGAUCUGCAUUUUAUAUUUAGUGUGGAAAAAUAGUGAUGUUCUUCAGUUUAUUUUAGUUUGUAGUAUAUUCAGGUUUCCUAUCUUCAUAAACUUAAUAAAAUUGUAACCCAAUUCACACAUAUUCAGUAAAUUAGUUGCAUUCAUAACAUGAA